AUGCCCGGCUCUCUGUCCCUCUUCUCCGUCAAUGCGGUCCUUGUCAUGUCCGCUGACGAUGGCUCCCGAAUCUACGCAAAGUACUUCUCGGCACCACACCCCCCGCCGGCGCUGCACCGAACUCAACUGACUACCCCGGAACAGCGUGCUUUCGAGAAGGGUCUCCUUGAGAAGACCAACAAGUCCUCAAGUGAUGUGAUCCUUUACGAUAACCGCAUCGUGGUCUUCAAGAUGGAGAGCGACGUCAUGAUUUAUGUUGUUGGAAGCGCCGACGAGAACGAGGUGCUGCUCUACAAUGUUGUAUUGUCACUACGAGAUGCUCUGGGAAUUUUAUUCAAGGGCGCAACCGACAAGCGUACUAUCGUCGAGAACUACGAUCUCGUCUCCUUGGCUAUUGACGAGACCAUCGACGACGGAAUCAUUCUCGAGACGGACCCGGUUAUGAUCGCUUCGCGUGUCAGCCGCGCACCGGCUGCAGAUGCACCCAACAUGAAGAAUAUCGACCUCACGGAACAGGGUCUAAUGAACGCCUGGGAGUUCGGCAAGCGGCGUCUUGCAGAGGGGUUGCGACAGAUGUAA